ACUCCAUAUUUCAUUAAGGCUUCAUCCAGGUUGUGGUAUGACAAGAACGAACGUUUCAGUGGGAUUUUGAGAGCCUUGGCCUCUUAUUCGAAUCUCACCGCUGGUCCUAUUUCAAAUCCAUAUAGCUCAUUUUUCUUCUGUCAUACCAACGAUUUUCUAAUGAUCUGGUUAACGGAAGGGUUAUUUUACAUCAUUUCAUUAUGUAAAAAAUAUAAAUAUAGCUUCACCCAGUUUGAAUUAUGGAAUUACUUCAUAAAUUCGAUAGUCUCCUUAUACUCG